CAGAUGAGGAUCAAUGAUUCGUGACGCUCUCAUUUGUCAAAUAAGCUCGCUCUUCAAAAGUGCAUUUCAUUCAAAGUUGCCUUUUGUAAUUCCCUCUUUUCCUCCUCCCCUUGAAGAGGGCGAAGAAAAAAAAAAAAAAAAAAAAAGAAAGAGAAAGAGGGAGAUGAUUCUCAUCUGAUUCAAAAAACGAAAAUACCAACCUGUAUAUAUAUAUAUAUAUAUAUAUAUAUAGUGUGAUACUGAUUCCCCCUUUUCCGAUAUUUGUUCAAGCCCCGUUUGUCCGUUGUGCGCUUCUCGAUUCCAACCCUUUUCUCUACCUGCCCCCCUUUUCCCACAUUUUCCUUCUUUUUUCUCCAGCCACCAUCAUAGCGCAUCAUAGCGGGCACUUUGAUUUGAUCCUUGAUCCCCCAGCUCAAUCUUCCGAUUCAGUUCUCUAUUCCAGAAAAGCAAAGUCCAUCGAUUUUUCACUUUCAGGUUCAGCUACUGAAAGAAAAGUUGUUCCUCUCGAAGGCCUUGCUAGCUACUCAUUGCGCGUUGAAUAUUAAUGGAUCUGUUUUAGUUCUUGAAGCUUCUCCCCUCUCUUUCUUUGUCUGCAAAACACUCAAGAUAUGGCCGCCGAGAAGACUUCGAGUUCGAAGGGCCAGGCGUGGUUUUGUACCACUGGGUUACCAAGUGACGUUGUCAUCGAAGUCGAUGACAUGACCUUCCAUCUCCAUAAGUUCCCUCUAAUGUCGAAAAGUAAGAGGCUUCACGAGCUGAUUACUGAGCAAGAGACGAAUCCUACUGCUGCUAGAGUCCAAAAUUCCUCUGCAUCUGCAGCCGCAGGAGGGGGAGAAAAUGACGGUCAGGAAGAGAUAGAAGAAGAAGAAGAGCAAGAAGAGGAAGAGGACGCCUAUUUCCAAAUCUCUCUCCCGGAGUUCCCGGGCGGCUCCGAGGCGUUCGAGACCGCAGCCAAGUUCUGCUAUGGCGUUAAGAUUGAGCUCUCGUCUUCAAACGUCGCUCCUCUCCGCUGCGCCGGAGAGGUUCUGGAGAUGACCGAAGAGUACUCCGAAGACAACCUCAUCUCCAGAACUGAGAGGUUUCUCUCUCAAUCUGUCCUAAAAAACAUCAAGGAUUCCAUCAGAACCCUAAAGUCAUGCGAGCGAUUGAUGCCUCUGGCAGAGACCCUCGGCAUUGUUCAGAGGUGCAUUGACUCAAUCGCUGCCAGGGCUUCCUCCUCCGAUCCGUCGUUGUUCGGGUGGCCUGUCAAUGAAAAGGCCGGAAAUGGACGGAGUACUGCUGCUUCCGUCGGAGCUGAAACUCUUGGUCGUCGGAAAACCACUGGUGCAGACUCUUGGUUUGAUGAACUGGCACUUCUGAAUCUACCGCUAUAUAAACGCUUGAUUUUUGCGCUGAAAGCUCGAGAUCUGAGUCCAGAGAUUAUCGAGAACUGUCUCAUUUACUAUGCUAAGAGAUAUAUUCCAGGCAUUUCUCGUUCUAAUCGGAAGCCAUCUUCGUCGUCUAUUCCUUCAGAGAAUGAACAGAGAGAGCUCCUGGAAACAGUAAUUGUUAAUCUGCCACUGGAGAAGAGCUCUGGAUCUUCAACUGCAACGAGACUUUUAUUUGGAUUGUUGAGGACUGCAAACAUAUUAAACGUUCCGGAAAGUUGCAGAGCCGCAUUAGAGAAAAAAAUUGGAUCACAGCUCGAGCAAGCGACACUAGACGACCUUCUCAUACCUAGCUAUUCGUAUCUGAACGAGACGCUCUACGACGUCGAUUGCAUUGAGAGGAUCCUAGGCUGCUUUCUAGAAGGCUUGGAAGAGAGAUCGGCAGCGAGAAUCGAAGGUGAGGAAGAGAAUAGCGGCGUCCGGUCAGCAGCUCUGAUGCUAGUUGGCAAACUGAUCGACGGCUACUUGUCGGAGAUCGCUUCCGAUGCCAAUUUGAAGCCGGACAAGUUUUACGAACUCGCCGUUUCUUUGCCUGACCACGCCAGGCUCUUUGACGACGGUCUCUACAGAGCCGUGGACGUCUACCUUAAGGCGCAUCCUUCGAUACCGGACCCGGACAGGGAGAAGAUCUGCGGCGUGAUUGACUGUCAGAAACUAACGCUAGAGGCGUGCACACACGCGGCGCAGAACGAGAGGCUUCCGCUGCGGGCAGUAAUUCAGGUGCUCUUCUUCGAGCAGCUGCAGCUCCGGCAGGCCAUUGCCGGAACGCUCCUAUCGGCCGACGUAGGGGCGGAGGAUAUCCAACGGACGUCAAAUCCGCUGGCGGGGGGAGAUGAAGUAGAAAGAAGCGUGGCUGUGACGGGGGAUCAGGAGGCGGCGCAAGAAGGCGAGAGCAACACGUGGAGAUCGGCGGUGAGGGAGAAUCAGAUGUUGAGGCUGGACAUGGAUAGCAUGAGGUCGAGAGUGCAGGAGCUGGAGCGUGAGUGUUCGUCAAUGAGGAGAGCGAUUGAGAAGAUCGAGAAGCCGAGGCCGAAGCCGGCCCCACGGGGCGCAGGCGGAGGGAGCGGAGGCUGGAGGGGCUCGCUUUCGAAGAGUUUCGGGUGCAAGUUCAAGACGCAAGUGUGUGACUCGCAUGAACCCACGGUGGUAGAAGCCAGGAAAGGACGAAACCACCACCACCACCCCCAUCAUCAAUAGACUCACUCCCAUUCAUUAGACAUAUUUUGUUUAUUUAUUUUCGAGUCAUUUCACGACCUUUCUCUCUUGUGUAUUCUGUAAGUCGGAACGGAUCUGUUAUACUGUGAAGCUCUUCAUAAUUUGUCA